AGUUACACUAGUUAGGAAGGGAGUGACAUGGGACUUUUCUCAUCACCUUGUGUGUAUUUCUGGCUGUCCGGAGGUCUUUGUAUGCACAGAUUGGGAGGUGUGUGAAUGCAGAGUUUAGUGUGUCACCACAUCACAGCCAAAUAAAGAGUGCAACAUGUCAGUGAUUGAGUUCCCUUCACCACCUAUGGGUCCCAAGUCCUCAGGAAGGAGAGUGGUCAGCAGUGGCUCCCUUCUAACAAUUGGAGAACACAGCACUGACUUGCUGACUGUUCAAGAAAGGAAUAAUAGUUUGGAACUAUCCCAUCAACUUUCUACACAUGAACAGAUAGACUUUAUCCCAGAUGAAAUUCUUCAUGUGCUCACUUCCACUGCUAGAUAUGAUGAAAAGGCUGAGCUGGGUCAUGUCAAGAAAAGCAAGCUUAUUAAAGAGGGAAAGGUUGGCCUCCGUACUGCUGAUCAGAUUUGGCAUCAUCCUCUUCGCAGAAGCAAGUUUAAACACCUGAUUGACCAACCUGUCUGUAUGACAGGGGCUGGGAGGGACAUUUCUUUUCUUUGUGAUGCUUUGGCAAUAGAAAAAAAGAAUACAGCAAUUUCUGCUCUACAGCCAACAGACCGAAGCGAUAUGUCACCUCAAACAAUGGAAGGAAAUAUUGGAGAAAGUAUUAUACCAAAGGAGUUCUACGUGGUUAAGAACAAAGGUGUUUUGGGACUUGAGUAUUAUGAAGAUAAAUAUACAACCCUGCUUGAAGAUGAUGAGAAGAAGCUUCGUCUGUUUCCAUCUAUGAAACCUAGUGGGAGAUCAGAGGUUCUGCAACUUAUGAAAGUGAUGGACAACAUGCUAAUGGAUGCAGGGGUGGAUGAAAAAGACAUAAAAUUGGAAGGUCCAUCUCAGAUACACAAUUUGCUGGAAUUGCUAAAGACUGAGCAGAAUAUCUACAACAUUGUCUUUCAUGAGCUGAUCCGACAGGUCAGUGUGGAAUGUGCGGAGAGAGGAGAGCUAUUGGCUAAGCUCAGACAACGGUAUGUAUCAUUACUGGAUAAGAUCCCCCACCAGGUACUAAGCCUGUACAAUGACCUCUUGGCUCAGCGAGCUCUGGACCGAAGUCUCACAGAAGAGAUCAUUUAUUUCAAGAAUUCUAUUGGAGAACUGACCAGUGAGUUGUAUCAAGUGAGAGAGCAUGAUCUGCGCGUUAGCAAAGAAGCUAAACAAGCACAAGCAGAACUGGCUAAAGCCUUAAAGAAUGCAAAGAAGAAUGCCAACCUUUUGGAAGAGUAUCGUGAUUUAUAUGAAUUGCAGAGGAGUCGUUUGGAGAAACAGGUUGUUCACCUCACAGAAGAAAGAGAUCUUUGGAGUUCAGCCACAUAUAGACUGGCUAGAAAGGUAAUAGAAGCCAACCAACUACAACUGGCUCGUAAAAUGUACUUAUGUGAGAAAGCCUGGACAAAGGUGGUCCUGCAUUUUCUUGUGCUUCUUGCAUCAAAUGACACAAAAGACCUUUCUGAAGUUCAACAAAGUACCGAAAAAUGGCGAGAGCACAUGGCCCGCUUUGAUCAAGAGGUGAAGCGCAGCGAGGAGUCGAGCAGAGAGAAAUUGCAGAUUAUCUGCAGAGAUAUGAAGAAACUGCACGCGUAUUUUCAGGAAAAAAUCUUUGUAGAUUGGAACUACUACGCAGUACCAGAUGAAAUAGUUGUAUCAGUGCUUGACGACCUGAAAACCUGGGAAAACAUGCUGGCUGAAGAACAGCAGCAGUUUGAGGGAAAUAAGGUCCUGAGCAGCCAGGAGUCUCUGAAAGCAGCUGCUGACAUCCAAAAGGAAUGGGCUCACGUUGGAGAAGAAGUUCUUAGGAGACAUCGGGGCUUAGAUGGUACACCUUCUCCAGAGCACAAAGCCAUGGCCGAUCUAAAUAACACCAUAGAGGUACUAUGUGAGCAAUACAGGAGAAGAGUGGAAGGGGAAAAUGGAGUUGCCAGAGGUCUCAUGGCAUUUUCAAGCAGCUUGGAAAACUGGUCUGUGCCAAUGUAUGGAUUUAAAUAUGCCCCCAGUGAGACAAAAGAAUCUGACUGGUCAAACUUAUAUCAUCUUCUACCCAAAUGGACUGCUCAAGCAGAAAGACUAUUGGAAAUAAUUGGGAGUCCACAUUCAGAGGAGAAACCCCUUUUAAACCCAAAUGAUAAGUUGGAACCUGAAGAUGUCUUUAAGAUGUUGCAGCACUGGGUUCUAAAUAUCACAAGUGGAACAGAGAGGGACAAUGUGCAGCUUAACCAGCAGGUAACAACCCUUCACACAGCAAUGGUUCAGUACAUGGUGAAUGUCCUGAUCUUAUUAUCUCCAGACUACUCCUCUGAUCCCUUAGAUACCACAAAUACUGCGUUUGGUGAAGAAGAUUUUGCUUCUCCAGUUUCUGUGCAGAAUGUUGAGGAGCAAGCCCUUGACCUAUCUAACAAAUUAAACAGUUUCUCCAUUUACAUCAUGAGGUGUUGCCAGGAGAUGGUGGAGAACAUUCCUCAGAGUGAAGAUGAUGGUUAUGAGCUGAGGCAGCUGCAGACAAUUAAGGGUUCAUGUGAUGAGUGGAUAGAAACGUGCCAACUGCUUCUUUCAAAAGUCGCAGAUAACAAAGCCCCUUCUGAGAUAUCACAACAUCCACACACCAGAGAAAACAAGGAUGUGAGCCUGAUGUCUAGCAGAAAGGAAAUAUCACAGAAAGUGCCAGAAAAUACAGAUAAUGAGGGACUUACAGAAGAACCCCUUCAGGGAGGAACACAUACAGUAACUCCUGAGGGUAGGACACCUGCUAAAGAACCCAGUCUUCAGAAUGGAGGGACUUCAGAAAAUUAUGUGGUAAAGAUAAUUGGUUAUGAUGGAAAUAUUCACAAGAAGAGUUUGAGAGAAGAUGAAAUUCCUGUUGCUCAUGAGAGUGCUUUACAGGCUAGCAGGCCAACCACCCCAAGAUCUAUGCAAGCUUUUCAAUCCUUGACAUCUCUUGAACAACUGGAGAAGAGACUUUUACAUGCAGAGAUGAGAUCUCAGGAAGCUGAAGAAAGAUCUGAGAAUCUGGAUGAGCAAUUAAAAGCAGCAUUGCAGAGAAUACAAGAGUUGGAAAUCAAAUUCCAAGAAGAUGAAAAAGUAGAGGAAACCCCAGCUGCCAAAGAAGUUCUGAAUGAACAAAUCCACCCUCCAGCUUCCCCCAAGAAGAGACCCAAAUCAAGCAAAGUCAAACAACAUAAAUGAAUUCCUUCAUCACUGGCCUAGUCAGUCAGUCUCCACACCUUAAUCCUAUAGAAAAUGUAUGGAAGGAUCUGAAACUUUGCAUUGCCAAGCGACAGCCAAGACACCUUAAGGAUUUAGAGAAGAUCUGUAAGAAGUUUUUACCAAAAUCCUUCUAGAGAUGUGUGCAAACCUGGUCACUAACUACAAGGAACGUCUUACGUGCUUGCCAACAAGCGUUUCUUCACCAAGCACUAAGUCCUGUUUUGCUUGGGAAACAAAAACUUUUUUUACUAACUGAACUGCAACUCAAUU